UGUGCAUGCUCCUCUGAUAUCGCCGGUGGCAAGACACCCAAGGCUGCCAACGGACUGGUUCUUGUCUGUCCGCAGACGACAUCGCGCACUCCACGGGCUAAGACGCAGACGAAGAUUGUCUCUCUGCUGAUCUGUACACGACUAUCUCCCAACUCCUGCUCGGCCGCUGUUGUGAAGUGACAGCCAUUUCUCCAGGGAAAGUCCACGUGACAAUGAGAGUGCGCAACUCCUGGAAUUCACCACCAUCUCGAUUUGCAACAAACACCUACAAUCCCAUUCGUGGUUUCGUGGAAGAUGCAGGCCUCGUCCCAAACCCUGAGAAGAGUCUCAUCUCGCUUUCGAUAGGAGACCCCACUGUGUUUGGAAAUCUCGUUCCUUGCGAAGAAAUUAUAUCGGCCAUCGAGUCCAGCCUACGAAGCCUGAAGCAUCAUGGCUACAUACCAAGCACAGGCACACUUGACGCAAAGAAGGCCGUCGCAGAGUAUUCGUCUGGAGAAGGAUUACAAAUCGACCCUCAGGACGUGAUCCUGACAUGCGGCUGCUCCCAUGCCCUUGAGAUGUGUGUCACCGCCCUGGCCAACGCGGGACAAAAUGUGCUCAUUCCUCGCCCAGGAUUUUCUGUCUACAAGACACACGCGGACUCGCUGGGCAUCAAAACAAAGUUCUACAAUCUCCGCCCUGAGAAAAGCUGGGAAGUAGAUUUGAUGGACUUAGAGGCCCAGAUCGACUCGCAAACAGCAGCCAUCAUCGUCAACAAUCCGAGCAACCCGUGCGGUUCCGUUUAUACCAAAGAGCAUCUGCGAGACAUCUUGGCCGUCGCUGCCAGGAAUUACGUGCCUGUCAUCGCUGAUGAGAUCUACGAGCAUUUUGUAUUUCCGGGACAGAAAUACUAUCCUAUGGCUUCCUUGACUGAAGACGUCCCAAUCCUUUCCUGUAGUGGUCUGACGAAAAGGUUCCUGGUGCCGGGCUGGCGGACAGGUUGGAUUGUUGUCCACGAUCGUCACAACGUGUUCAGCAAGGGCGUCAAACAAGGGCUGAUGGCGCUUAGUCAAAAGAUUAUGGGUGGAAACGCACUCAUUCAAGGGGCACUGCCGUCCAUACUGAAGAGCACGCCCGAGUCAUUCUUUGCGAACACCAUCGCCGUUGUAAAGAGCAACGCAGAGGCAGCAUACCAGGCCAUCUCUAACAUUCCAGGAUUGAAGCCUAUAAUGCCACAGGGCGCUAUGUAUAUGAUGGUGGGCAUCGAAAUCGACAAGUUUCCUGAAUACGACAGCGAUGGGGACUUCGUGAAAGCACUUUUCAACGAAGAAUCUGUGUUCUGCAUGCCAGGACGGUGCUUCCAUUUCCCGAACUACUUCCGCAUAGUGCUUACUGUGCCACAGGAAAUGAUGAUGGAAGCUAUCAACAGGUUGAAGUCCUUCUGCAAGGCUCACAUCUCGGAAGAUAACAAGUUGACAGCACGAAACCUCAUCAUCGAAGGCACUCCCAUUCCAAUGGUGGCCAGAGGAUGACGCGAAGAGCUUCCUGCUGCCUUCCACAUGGUACAUGUGGAGAAAUAUCCAACCAGAGCGAGUGGAUGUGUCUCACAAGAUCCCAGAGCCAUAGCUUGAAUGCCCCGGGCAUCGGCUACUACAACGAAUUCAUACCCUUCAAAAAUGGCGACUUGUUCAAUGGCCUGCACCCUGGACGACGAGACUGAAGGAAUCAUCGGUAGCGGUACACCUGUCAUAUGUGUGUGAUUGUACAAAUCUUGGACAGUGAGCAUACUGCCUGCAACUGAUAUGCACCCUGCAUACUUUGUAUUGUGCUCAAGCUACGUUUAGCUGAAGCUGCUUUGUGGAUAUUAAAUAUUUCGAGCGAACA